AUGACGGCCGAAUUGAAUGGAAGUCGACCCCUUCGGGCGGAAGACGCGGAAAAUGGGCAUCAACCGGAGACUGAACGAACCCCUCUCCUGAGGCCAGCCGGGGAAGAGACACCGGGCAGCAAUGAUUCCCAGGAGGAGGAAAGGACAGUCCUGUCGAAGGAUCUAUCCUUCUCCAGGCUCGUUCUGAUAAUGGGGACCGCUUACCUUGGGGUAUUCCUUGGUGCGGCGGACUCUACCAUCAUUGCGACGCUAUCCGGGCCAAUCUCGAGUGAAUUCCAGUCGCUCAGCCUGUUUUCGUGGCUCGCAACGGCAUAUCUCAUAUCCAAUGCUGCUUGCCAGCCAAUCUCGGGUCGUCUGACGGACAUAUUUGGCCGCGGGCCCGGCCUCGUGUUCAGCAACGUCUUCUUCGCCGCCGGAAAUCUGAUCUGCGGUCUCGCCAAGGACAAUUAUGUGAUGAUUCUGGGCCGUGUCAUUGCCGGAAUAGGCGGAGGCGGUCUUAUGAGCAUUUCCACGUUUCUAGCAUCUGAUCUCAUUCCUCUGCGUAAGCGUGGUGUUGUCCAGGGUAUAGGCAACGUCUGCUAUGGCUCCGGCGCCAUGCUGGGCGGCAUCUUCGGUGGUCUUCUAAACGACCACACAAAGCUGGGUUGGAGGCUUGCCUUCUUGGUCCAGGUCCCCUUUUCCUUGGUAUCCGCUGUUGCCGUUAUUUUCCUGGUAAGAGUGCCUCCGAAGCAGUCCGACAAGUCGUACCUCGCGCGCAUCGACUUCUUCGGCGUGUUCCUGACGCUCUCGUUCCUUGUCUUGCUUCUGCUGGGCCUCAACACGGGAGGGAACCUGGUGCCAUGGAAUCACCCUAUUCCACUGACGGCUAUUCCGCUCUCGAUCGCCGCCUUUGCCGGAUUUCUUUGGUGGGAGAGCAGGGUGAAGCAACCAAUCAUUCCCGUGAAGCUUCUCCGUACCCAGACUAUUCUCGCCGCCUGUGUGUGCAACCUUCUCUCCACCAUGGUGAUAAUCGCUGGUCUGUUCUACGUUCCUCUAUAUCUCCAAGUUCGUGGAGACACGGCCACCGAGGCGGGCCUCAAAAUCCUCCCUUCCCCUAUUGGCGUAUCGGUCGGCUCCAUCUUGUCAGGUUACAUUAUGAACAAAACAGGCCGAUACACCAAGCUAGGCACCACCAGUCUUUGCAUCUUCCUUUCUGGGAUAAUCUUCUUUUGUUUUCAAGGGGCAACUACCCCGGCUUGGCUUACCGGCAUUGCUUUCUUCCUGGUCGGGUCAGGAUAUGCUGCAAUGCUCACAUGCACUUUACUGGCGUGCAUUGCAUCGGUGGACCAUUCUCAGCAGGCCGUUGUCACCUCCGCUACUUAUUUGGCAAGGAGCUUGGGAAGUACGAUCGGUGUCACCCUAGCCUCGUCGGUGUAUCAGAGCAUUCUUAAGUCGAGUCUCUGGGCGACAUUCGGGCAGGAGCCAGAUGCGGCUGAGAAGAUCAACCGGAUCCGAAAUAACUUGAACAGCCUCAAGGAUCUCCCCGAAGGGUGGCACGACGGUGUUAUAGCGUGCUUCAUGCAGGCUUUCCAGGGGGUUUGGAUCACUUUCCUUGUCCUGGCUACUGGGGCGCUGGUUUCGAUUCUCUUUCUCAAGCACCACACCCUUCACUCUACAUUGGAGAGACGCUGA